GCUCAGCUGUCCACCUCUAUUGUUUUUUUCUAUCAACAUGAGCGCUGUGAACGAUCCGCUGGAGUUGUUGUCCAAUAAAGGCAAUCGGGAGCCCAGUUUCUUGAGUCCCAUAUGGAACCCCUUGGCUUGCGGCUUAGCCGGAGUGGGCGUGGCCCUUUUCGUCAACUGGGGCUUCCGCAGACCCGUGUUUUCAGGAAUUCAGAAGCACAUUGCUUUUGGAGCGAUUGGCGUGGGCGCCGGAGUAUAUUUUGAUCAGAAGAGGGGCGAAUACCUGGCCAAACGCGAUGCCGUUCUCCGGCAUUAUAUCGAAUUGCAUCCCGACGAUUUCCCCGUUAAAGAUCGCAAGAAGUACGGAGAUGUCUUGGAGAGCUGGGUGCCAGUCCGUUAAGUGGAUUUGAUUCGUUGUUACCAAACAAAUUGUGGAAGUAGUUAAUAAAACAGCUUUAAUUGUAACUCA